GGGGGGGGGGUUGAGUAGAGCGGCCUAUUUCAUCCAACGGGACAGUAACUGACGCGGCUCUCCUAGUCUCUGCCCCUAUCAACUCUAACUACCUGUGCCGUCCGUGGCUUCAACUUUGAACACAUAAGUCCAUCUUGGCCAAGGGCGUCAAACUUACGGAGCAGCAAUAUGCCACCUAUAUGGAUAUAUAAUCAACUCGUCGAGGGUGAGAUCACCCGGCCUCGACGAGAAACCUGGACAAAACAAAAACCUACACACUUGUCGAAGAACAGACUACAUACAGCCUUGAACCUGCUCAACCUACCAUCAUCGUCCAUCUCUGCAAAAGAAUUCAAACCUUGCUCUCCUACUUUCGUUUGUUUUCAUACAGUAUAUAUAUUAUAUAUAUAUAUAUAUGUAUUCUUUUUCGUACAUCCUCAGACAAUGUCCAAAACAAAGUUCCUCUCGCUUCUCAAAAAGGCGGCACGCCCGGGAUCCUUCGCCCCCAACGUGGAACCUCAGGGAGAGACGACUGCGCCAUGCCCCCUCCUCGAACUACCGCUAGACCUGGUAGCGCUGAUCGCCGACCACCUCCCAGCGGAGAACCAGCUCGUCCUAGCCCAAACCUGCCGCGCCCUCCGCAGGACCGUCCUCGAGAUCAACCUCUACAUGCCGGAGCACCGCCGCGGUGGCGACUUCGUAGGCCACGUUCUCCGCGAGGAGAGCGCCCGACGCGCCUACCUCUCGCUCCUCAACCGCGACCAGAUGAACCGCGUCCUCUGCGCCAAGUGCCGCACCCUCUACCCCGUCAACUACCGCGACACGCCCCACACGCCCAUCAACCUCCCCUGCCCGCUGACGCGCAAGUACUCCACGCCCUGCACCGUCCUGCUCUCGAACAACUUUGGCGGCCCGGCAGCCCCCGUCUUCAAACACAUCCACGUCCAGACGGCCCUCAAGUACGUCCGGAACUGGGACAUCCUCAACUCGGUCCAGCGGGACUACGCCGAGAGGGUCCUGGGCGAGCUUCACUCCACCGACCUCGAGGGCGACCUGAACGUCCGGUGCUCGGUGUAUCCCAAGAUCGUCGAGGACACGGCCGAGACGCACCCAGAGCGCCGGAUCAAUUUCCUGGUCAAGACGGUGUAUACGUAUCGCAUGGGCACCAGACCCGUGACGGCGGCCAGGCUGAGCGAUGCGAUCCAGACGCUGUAUCACUUCAACUGGAUCAUGUCGAAAAGCCUCGCAGACGACGAUUCCGAUCCCAGCUCCCUCUCGACCAAGGACCCCUCCCCCCUUCUACACCAGCUGGUUCCCGAGGUGCCCCCCCAGGCCUUCUGGGAGGACGAUGGCGACGGGGUCACGGGAGCUUGUAGUCACUGCCCGACCGAAUACCUUUGGAAGACCAGCUUUGGAGACCAUCUGUUUCAGACCGAGGCGACUCUGUGCAUUUGGUCCUACCUGGGUAAUGAAGAGUCUAUGGAAGCUGGGUCUGCCGCCAAGCAGUGUCAUAUUUCCCACUCCAUGUGUACUGCGGCACAGUCACCUCGUUUUAGCGUGCCCGGGAGUGUAAAGAGGUUGUAUGAGGGGCACAACGAUGCGCUAAGCUUGGCAAAAAGUCGCGAGACACGCGAGUCACAGGCCCACAGGAGGGAUGUCAGGAGUUGGUUGGCCUCUAAGAGGCGGCAGAUUGCUAAGCUUGGAGGAGGACGACGCGAUUGAACAGGGUUCAUGGAACUGGUCGGCCUCUCUUUUGGGCCCGUGUGGCGUCAGGGAGCGCAUGAGCGAUCUGAAUGUACGAUCUGAAAUAUCUCAAGGGAGCCUAGAAUCAUUUCGCUUAGCGGAGAAAAUUCACUUUAUUGUCUCACGAGAAGCCGCCAACUCCAAACUAUGCAAUCCAAAAAAGAAGAAGAAAAAAGCAAGGGGGAAUCGAAAGCCCUUUCGCGAUAUAAUCAAACCAAAAACAAAAGAGGAAAAAAAAAAAUUCGCUUGAAAUGUCCCG